AUGCCUCCCAAGAAGGCGCAAGUUCAGGAAAAGGUCCUGCUGGGCCGUCCUGGAAACAACUUGAAGAGUGGUAUCGUUGGUCUUGCGAACGUCGGAAAGUCGACUCUGUUCCAGUCCAUUACCAAGUCUACUCUGGGUAACCCAGCCAACUUCCCUUAUGCUACCAUCGAUCCCGAGGAGGCCCGUGUCAUUGUUCCUGAUGAGCGAUUCGACUGGCUGUGCGAACAGUACAAGCCCAAGUCUGUGGUUCCCGCCAACUUGACCGUGUAUGAUAUUGCCGGUCUGACCCGUGGUGCCUCGACUGGUGCUGGUCUGGGUAACUCUUUCUUGUCCCACAUCCGUGCUGUUGAUGCCAUCUUCCAGGUUGUUCGUUGCUUCGACGAUGCUGAAAUUAUUCACGUCGAGGGUGAUGUCGACCCUGUCCGUGAUCUGACUAUCAUCAGUGAGGAGCUUCGCAUCAAGGAUAUCGAGUUCGUCGAGAAGGCUCUCGAGGGCCUUGGCAAGCAGACUCGCCGUGGUGGUCAGUCACUGGAGAUGAAGAAGCUCAAGGAGGAGGAGGCUACCACCGCCAAAAUCCUUGAGUGGCUGAAGGAUGGCAAGGAUAUCCGCAACGGUGACUGGAGCCCCAAGGAGGUCGAGGUCAUCAACCCUCUGUUCCUCCUCACUGCUAAGCCCGUUGUGUACUUGGUCAACCUGAGCGAGAAGGAUUACAUCCGCCAGAAGAACAAGUACCUCCCCAGCCUGUUUGCCUGGAUCAAGGAGCACUCUCCUGGUAACCCCAUUCUGCCAAUCUCUGCUUGCUUCGAGGAACGUCUGGCCCUUAUGCAGGACGACGUUGCCGCCGAGGAGGAGUGCAAGAAGCUUGGCACCAAGUCUGGUCUGCCCAAGGUCAUUGUUACCAUGCGUCAGGCUCUGAACCUUGGCAGCUUCUUCACCACUGGUACCGAUGAGGUUCGCCAGUGGACUAUCCGCAAGGGUAUCAAGGCUCCUCAGGCCGCUGGUGUUAUUCACGGUGACUUUGAGAAGACCUUCAUUCAGGCUAUUGUCUACAACUACGCCAUGCUGAAGGAGCUUGGUGACGAAGCCGCAGUCAAGGCUGCCGGUAAGAUCAUGACCAAGGGCAAGGACUACGUUGUUGAGGAUGGUGACAUCCUCCUCAUCAAGGCCGGUGCUGCCAAGAGCUAG